AUGUUCUAUGGCUUCAACCUAUACGACGAUGUCGAUGAUACCGAGUCUUAUCACCUAUAUGGAAAUGACUUCAGCGAUAACUCACAGGCUUAUAUAUUACUUGCUCGCCCUGUGCAAAAGCACAAGGUCAACUAUGAAAUCGGCUGGUCCUUAUACUCACAGGGUACCGAGUCUGAGUACCGCUCUUUGAUCAAACAACUGCGUGAUUAUAUUGCCCGUGGACAUGUUACUCCUAGCAGGACAGCUAUGCUGUAUUCGCGUUUUGGUGCCACUUCAGCUAGUAUCUAUAUUGGAAACAGUCUACAAAACAAGGAAAUCAGCGAGGCACCCGAUACUCCUGGAGUCCCCUCUGGUGAUAAGAGUGAAGGAAACAACUUCCUUGCUUUCCUUGUGGUUUUGAAAAACCUUCUGGGAGAUAAGUCUGUCUCUAUCACUGCUCCCGGCUCCUAUUGGUACCUCAAGGGCUUUCCUAUUGCAAAGAUCAGCAAGGUUGUUGACUAUAUCGUCUUCAUGACUUAUGAUUUGCACGGCCAAUAG